AUGUGGGACUUCGAUCCCGUCCUUCACCGUGAUUGGGGUAAUUUGAACGUGGCGGGGGGAAAGGGCCACGGCGGCUAUGCGGUGAGAGGCUUCGAGUCCUUUGCCGUUUCAGUGGAGGUCCGGUUGAUGACUCGUCUCUUCGAGGGCCGGGGGCUUCUCUAUCGAAAGGUCCGGGAGGGUGAGCGUUCCAGCUGCCGGCUGAUGACACAGGUUGCGUUGAAUCUAGUCGACGGCUGUUGUGAAAGUUUGGAGGUGGAGGAGAACCUCGACGAGGAGAUCGAUCCGGAGCGAAAUCACCUAGGUCGUGAGAAGAGUCAGGGCCAAAGCGGGACACGCGUGGUGGCGACCGCCCCGGGCGAUCGAAAUUGCGGUUAUUGGGCCGAUAUGGGCGCCCUCGAUCACGACCUCUGUUUCUUCCUCGAUCGCGGCCUGACCCUCGCCCUCUCCGUCUCUCCCUGUCACGGGGUUCACGGUCUGGGUCAGCACUCCACUGGUCUCUCAACACCGGACUCGUACGGGACUCCGCCAUGUGAACUGCGCCAACGGCAUCUGGUUCAAUCAGGGAAAUAA